AUGACACUCGAAACUCCCAGAGCGGACCUGAUGGCCUCGCUCGAGAAGCACAAUGCGAGCUUCACUACCCUGCUCAGCUUGAUUCCCGCCCAGUACUACAUUCAGCCCACACAGGAAGAGGCGGACUCAAAGUGGAUGAAGAAUAAGAAGCGGAAAACUGGAGAGGAGCUCAAAGAGCACAAACGUAUCACCAAGGCGUCCAAGCUCGACCCCGAGAAUAACAAGACUACGGUCGACAUCCUCUUUCCUUCCGGUCCCUCGACAUCCGCCGCGCCCGCCUCAGAGCCCACCCCGGACGGCCCACACCCAGGAUUCGCCCGCCCCCUGCCUCCACCCGCGAGCAUUUCCACCCUCCGCACCAAGCUUGCCAACAAGCUCGCUGCGUUCCGCUCACACCGUGCCCCAUAUCCCGGAGAGGAUCAGGCCAUGUCUGCCACAGGGAGCAAUGGGGCCGCGUUGGGCGUCAAGGGGGGUGCGAAGGCGGAUGCGGGCGAGGCCGGGCCAAGUAGCCGGGAUGCGCUCGAGGAGGAGAGCCGGAGACGAAGGGGUGAGAUGAGAGAUAACAGGCGGAGAGAUAGGAAGGAGACGCGGAGGAAAGAAGAGAGCGGGCAGAAGAAGGGAGAGGCCAAGGGGAAGGGGAAGGCGGUACCCAAGGAAGAGCGGAGUGUGCCUACUGCCAAGACGCAACUGCUUGUGCCCGACCGCCCAUCCGACUCCCUCUCCUACCCCGCCCUCGCCCUUCCUUCCGGAUCCAAACCCACCGCCGACCGCCCGUCCACUACCUUCAAACCCCUCUCGAACCCCGCUCAAGCGCUCGCGCAGCUCCAAAAGCACAACCGCCACAUGGAAGGGAUGGACGAUGGGAAGCGCGCGGAGGCGGUGGAGAGCGAGCGAUGGGCCAAGGCGCUUCAUCGCGCCGAGGGGGGUAAAGUGGCGGAUGAUGAAAAGGUGCUCAAGAAGGCGGUAAAGAGGUUGGAGAAGACCAAGGGGAAGUCUGGGAAGGAAUGGGCGGAACGUAAGCGUGAAAUCACCAAUACUCAGAGUAUAGCCAUCAAGAAGCGGAACGACAAUAUCGCGUCCAAGCUGCAAGCGAGGAAGGACAAGAAGAUGGGCGUCAAGAAGAAGGAUGCGCCAAAGGGUGGCAAGAAGGGUACGGGGGGAUACAAGGGGAAGAACAGGGACGAUAAUCGGGAUGCGGGACCGAGUGCUAGUGCAGGAAAGGGAGGGAAGGGAGGGAAGGGACGACCGGGGUUCGAGGGGAAGGGGAAGGGGAAGAAGUAG